CGGGGCGGGUGGAGAGAAUCGACCCAGUGGGAGGGAGGUUGCCUCAGAGGGACCUGCGGUGGCAACUGUACCAUGGCCGCUCUCUAUGGCGGCGUGGAAGGGGGAGGCACACGGUCCAAAGCCCUUUUACUUUCUGAGGAUGGGAAGAUCCUGUCAGAAGCAGAUGGACUGAGCACAAACCACUGGCUGAUUGGCACAGACAAGUGUGUGGAGAGGAUCAACGAGAUGGUGACCACUGCCAAACAGAAGGCUGGAGUGGAUCCUCAGGUACCCCUUCGAAGCCUGGGCCUGUCCCUGAGUGGUGGGGAGCAGGCGGAUGCAGUGAAGCUCCUGAUAGAGGAGUUGAAGGGCCGAUUUCCCCACCUGAGUGAAAGUUACAUUAUCACCACUGACGCAGCAGGUUCCAUUGCCACAGCUACACCGAAUGGUGGGAUUGUGCUCAUCGCUGGAACGGGCUCCAACUGUAGGCUUGUCAAUCCCAACGGCUCCGAGAAUGGUUGUGGUGGCUGGGGCCACAUGAUGGGAGAUGAGGGCUCAGCCUUCUGGAUUUCACACCGAGCCAUAAAAAUUGUGUUUGACUCCAUGGACAACCUGGAGGCAGCGCCUCAUGAUAUUGGCUAUGUCAAGCAGGCCAUGUUCAACUAUUUCCAGGUGCCAGAUCGGCUAGGAAUCCUCACCCACCUGUAUAGAGACUUUGAUAAAUCCAAGUUUGCUGGGUUUUGCCAGAAAAUUGCAGAAGGUGCACAGCAGGGAGAUCUCCUUUCCCGGUACAUCUUCAAGAAGGCUGGGGAGAUACUGGGCAAACAUAUUGUGGGUUUGCCAGUGAUUGACCCGGUCUUGUUCCAAGGGAAGCUUGGCCUCCCCAUUGUGUGUGUGGGCUCAGUGUGGAAGAGCUGGGAGAUGCUGAAGGAAGGCUUUCUCCUGGCACUGACUCAGGGCCGAGAGCUGCAGGCCCAGAAAUCCUUUUCCAGCUUUACCCUGAUGAAGCUACAGCAUUCUUCUGCACUGGGAGGUGCCAGCCUAGGAGCCAAGCACAUUGGAUACCAGCUUCCCCUGGACUAUAGCAUCAACGCCAUUGCCUUCUUUUCCUAUACCUUCUAGGGCCUGCACCCCCUCCCCCAUCCAGCUGACAGUAAGUGUUAGAAGAAGGAGCUUUUUUGUUGUUAAAAACAUACAUGGAAGAAAAUAAAUGCACUUUACCCCCUCCCUAGUAGGAUGGUAUCCUCAA